ACCGGGGACCGAACUGGGGACCGGGGGGGGACGGAACCGGGAACGGGGCAUGGGGACACCGGGGGUCGCGGAAGUGACCGGGAACGGGGGGGACAUCACGGGGGACCGGGAAAGGUCGCGGGGGUGGCCCCGGUGUCCCGGGGGUGACGAGGACGCGGUGGCCCCGCCGGUGACCGGAGGAGUCCCGGUGUCACCGCGGGUGUCCCGGUGUCACCGGAGGAGUCCCGGUGUCACCGGCGCUGUCCCGGUGUCCCCACGGGUGUCCCGGUGUCCCCGCGGGUGUCCCGGUGCCACCGGCGCUGUCCCGGUGUCCCCACGGGUGUCCCGGUGCCACCGGCGCUGUCCCGGUGUCCCCGCGGGUGUCCCGGUGCCACCGGCGCUGUCCCGGUGUCCCCGCCAGGUCCCGUCGCUGUUCAGAGCCUCCGCCGCGCCCCCGCCGGGCCCGGUGCCGGUGCCGGUGCCGAACCCGCCCGGUCCCGGUUCUUACGCUGAGUUCGUGGUGAGGGGCUCGGGGGGAACCGGGAAGGACCGGGAGCAGAACCGGGAGCAGAACCGGGAGCAGAACCGGGAUCCGGAGCAGAACCGGGAGCAGAACCGGGACCGGGAUCCCGGACCCACCGGAACCGCCCCGUCGGGACCCCUCCCGGGGCCUCCGGGACCCCUCGCGACCCCCGGGGACCGGGACCGGGACCAGAACCGGGACCGGGACCAGAACCGGGACCAGAACCGGGACCAGAACCGGGACCGGGAGGAGAACCGGGACCAGAACCGGGACCAGAACCGGGAGGAGCCGCGGGCGCCGCCGGCGCUCGGAGCGGGCGCCAAGAGCAGCGGCAUCAUCGUCAGCCCGCGCCAGCGCGGCAACCCCGUGCUGCGCUUCAUCCGCAGCGUCCCCUGGCACUUCGGGGACAUCGGGCCCGACUUCGUGCUGGGCGCCGGCGCCUGCGCGCUCUUCCUCAGCCUCAGGUACCACCGGCUGUCCCUCAAACCGGGAGCAGAACCGGGACCGGGAUCCCGGACCCACCGGAACCGCCCCGUCGGGACCCCUCCCGGGGCCUCCGGGACCCCUCGCGACCCCCGGGGACCGGGACCGGGACCAGAACCGGGACCGGGACCAGAACCGGGACCAGAACCGGGACCGGGAGGAGAACCGGGACCAGAACCGGGACCAGAACCGGGACCAGAACCGGGACCAGAACCGGGAGGAGCCGCGGGCGCCGCCGGCGCUCGGAGCGGGCGCCAAGAGCAGCGGCAUCAUCGUCAGCCCGCGCCAGCGCGGCAACCCCGUGCUGCGCUUCAUCCGCAGCGUCCCGUGGCACUUCGGGGACAUCGGGCCCGACUUCGUGCUGGGCGCCGGCGCCUGCGCGCUCUUCCUCAGCGUGACCCCCACCAGUCCCUCAAGGACCUGGCCAAGGUUUGUCUCCUCACCGACUGCACGCUGCUGCUGGCCUGGAGCGCCGAGGAGGCCGGCCGCUACCUGGAGACCUUCAAGUCCUACGAGCAGAAGCCGCCGGACCUGCUGAAGGAGCGCGUGGAGCAGGACUUCCUGUCGCGGGUGACAGACUGCCUGACCAGCGUCAAGUCCGUCAACAGGACGGACGCCCUGAGCCUGCUGGGGACGUUCGGGGUGAGCG